AUGGCAUCGUCGGUUGAUCAUCUCUCGGCCCAAGAGCUGGAGACUCUCUCCACCAAAGCUAUUGCGGCCAAAGACGUUGCAUACUGCCCAUAUUCCAAGUUCCGUGUUGGGGCUUGCGUUCUGACACAAACAGGCGAGUACUUUCACGGGGCAAACGUCGAGAACGCUGCCUAUCCCGUUGGUACCUGUGCAGAAAGGGUCGCGCUGGGAACUGCUGUUGUGGCUGGACACCGCGACUUCAAAGCUAUCGCCGUUUCAACAGACAUUGAACCAGCAGCAUCACCAUGCGGCAUGUGCCGGCAAUUUAUACGUGAAUUUUGUGCUUCAUCAGUUCCCAUAUUUAUGUAUGACUGUCAAGGAAAUUUCACUGUGAAGACUAUCGGAGAGCUUCUGCCAGACUCUUUCGGGCCAGACGAUUUGCCUAGCGCAUAG